AUGCUAGAAGAACAGCGUAAGAAACAGUCAAAAUCACUUUUUCAACAGACUGAAAAAAGCGAUGACUCUGAUGCUUCAAACAAGAAAUUGGAAAUGAACGAUGAUUCUACUUUAAAAACGCUGGAAGAAAAUGCUGAUGCUGUCCUUCAGGCCAAUAUUCUUCCUGAAAUUAACGGCCUUAAGCGGACCGGAAAACCCUGCAAUUCCAGACCACUAACAAAUCAAUUUUCCAAGACUGCUAACGGAACUCGUGAAUCUGAAAGAACCGAAAACAAUAGCAAUGACGAGGAAGAAAAUUCAGGAAGUGUUGAGGAGAAUGAAAACAGCGAUGCGCCUGAUCUUGAUCUCGACAAAAGUGACCUUGUAUCCGGAGAAGCAUUGAGCAACCGCAAUACACAAGAUGCACCUAGAAAUCGCGCAUCCCAGCUUUUUAAGAAGCCCACAAAGUCAGAUGAGUCAGCCGCUGUAGCUGAGACAAAGUCGGAUUCGCUAGAGUUUCGUGAUGAAGAAAAUAUACACAAAGAAUCUACUGCUAAUCACGGUUCACUUAAAUCGAUUACGCGCUCAGACAAGUCCUACAAGUCGUCCACAGAGACCUCAAAAUCCGAACUAACAGUGUCAAACACAGCCAGAGAAUCAGAAACUCCGCAGAAUAAUCAAGAACCUGAAGAGUUUGUUUCCAAAAAAAUUUCGGGACCGACAAUUGGGCUUUACAGCAUAAUGUACAAAUCUCUGGACAACUUAGCUGCCUAUGUUCUCGAAACCCAACCAGUUAUCCGAGUUCCUCAGAACGCCACAGCGAUUAUUUCCAGAACAAAUGAAGACAUGAGCAGAACAGCUCAAGCUGAUAAGGAAAAUGCGUCAACCCGAUAUAUCGGCAACAACGCACCUGCUUUAUUUGAAAAACUAGCCGCACGAGCUCAUUCUGCGGUUGAACUAGCGCCAACAAGGUUACAAAAACAGCUGAUCGGAAUAGAUCCAACAGGAACUGCUGAGGAUAGAAGAGAAGCUUGGGAUGAGGAGAAACUAAAUCUCUCAGGCGUAAGUAGGAGACAAGAGAACAUGAAUGAGUUUGAAAGAUUAUCUGACGAGGUUCCAGAAAAGUUACCCUACGCUGCUGCAGUGAAUGCUUAUUCAGAUAUUAUUAGAAAUCGUGCAUUUAAACCCCAAAACACACAAAUCUUAAAAUUAGCAAACAAGACGGAGCAAAAAAAGCAGCAAAAUGAAUAUUAUUCAAAUCGCAUUCAACAAAAUAUGACAGGGGAAGUUUUGUCCGAGAAACAGUACAGAAGUAAUCAGCCACCAAAACUUCGAAGCCACCAGAUACCGGAAGAAUAUCAGGAUAAAACUGAUCCUUUUGCUGUAGAAAACAAUGAAAGUCAAGAGGGUAGCACAAACAAGCAGCCUCCGGACAUUGCUGAAACAGAUAAAGAUUCUUUGAAUCCUAAUUAUUUACAUAACUACGGGGAUUUAGAAAAUUCUAACUAUUUACAUAACUACAGAAAUUUAGCAGAAAAAGUGCAGGACAUCUCGAAAAGCGACCACUCUCCUCAGGUACCUUGUUGCGAUCCGCAGUCCAGAACUGCCGCACCUGAUAUGGAACCCAUCCCAUACGGAGAGUCUUUGAAGCAGACUGUUGCACCUGAUAAUCAUCCCUCGUCGUCGGAAAAACGUUCUGAGGAUUAUUUGAGAAAUAGUACGGCUCCUCCUGAUGAGAGCGCUGUCAUUCCUCAAAACAGAAGGGAUUCCGAAUCCAUUCCCACUGUCACACCUAGUAACCCAGGUCAAACAGAGCAGAAGGAAGAACCGAAAGGUUACAUGGGCUAUAGUGAUCUGAAUACUGACCCCGGACCUGAAGAUGAGAAACACCCUGAUUCUAUGGCAAAUAAUUCUGAUAGCGAACAGAUUCUUGGCAGGGGUAAAGCUGACGAAAACUCAGGAACAGAUGCUACUUCCAGCAGUGCUCCUUUUACUGGAGCAAGCGUAGAAGUCAAAGAGGCAUCUCACGUAGAAAGCAAAGGCGCAUACCAGAUCAAGUCUUCUUCGGAAGCAAAUGUAGAAAAUGAUGGUUCAUCUGAAAAUAAAUUUCUUCAAAAAGAGAAUUUAGAAUACUCUGAAAUUGCUUCCAUUCGCGAGAAUGCUAAUGUUCCCAGAAAUGAGUGGAUCUCAGGCUUGCCGUGCUGCGAAGAAACUUCGGAAAUACCUCAUUCUAAACUCACAGGAAAUGCAAUGAUCGCUGUUGAGAAAAAUGGGUAUUCGUAUGAGCCAGAAAGUGGACAGAACAACUGCUUACACAACGCUUUUUCCCCGUGCAAUCUCGUACAAACCAAUGAACAGCUGGUUAAUUUCCAGAACAAUAGUGCGUUGGAGCCGAAGAAUACUAAGAACGAUGAAUUUUUAAAAUCAAAAGAAGCAACAGAUGAUGAAAGGCCAACAUAUUCCUCAGGAAUGGCAAAUGGUGAAGCCGAAGCAACAGCGGCACUAGAUGUGAAAACAUCGCAGGAAAGAAAAGGGAAUUACUACGGUGAAACAGAUGCAGUGGAGGAAUUGAAGGAAUGUUCAGAAAGUGAAAAAUUAGAUAAGACAAAAGUUACAGCAAAAGAGAACUGUACGAAGCUCCGACAAAAACAUAAUCACGAAAAUCAGCCAUUUGUUUCUGAAAACUUAAAACCCUCUGAAGUAGCCGGCUAUGAAUCAACAAACGCAGACAAUAGGGAAGAACGGGAAAAUUCCAUACCGAGUUUGGAACUUUCUGGAUACAGCGCAUCAGCAAAUGAACUUGAAGCUAGCAACACUCCAGGAAACAUUGCCCUUAGCUCAGAAACAAUCACUGGAGGUGGCGAAAACGACAAAACUACUGAUGCGCAAGGUUUAGCAGAGACCACGGACGAGCAUGCUACAGCUGUCAGUGAACAAACAGCUCUUUAUGAAGGAUAUUCUGAUUCACUAAAAAACGAGGAAGCUAAACCUGUAGAAACAGUGAAUGAAAAAGUCGCAACUACGAGCAGUCAAACAGCUGUUUAUGAAGUAUCUGCUAAUUCACUGGAAAAUAAAGGUGUUAAACAGGAAGCUGUGAGCAGUAAUGAGAUGCCUGGCAAAUCUGCGGGUGCAGUAUAUGAGUCAGAAGGGGACCACAGAAGAGCUGAGAAUGCAGUUGAGUGCUGUGGCGUCAAGCAAAGAAAAACAGAUGAAACCCCAGUUGUGAUUACUUUGCCCUCACUGCUGAAUAAGUGGCGAGAGGAGUUCCCAGUGCCCAGAAUAGCCGUUGAGCGAGUUUCGAUGAGCUCUGGAAUUACUGAUGAUGCAAGUGAAAAUGGACCGUUGUUUGAUAUUCACAACCAGAUGCUAGAGGAUCAGGAAACGCAAGAGGAGAAUUUGGAAGACGAAUCGCAAAGACUGGACAAGUGCUCGCUAGAAAAAGACCACUUUCCGGCAGAUCGAUGUCGCACUUGGAAAGCAACCGGCUACUGCUACACUCAUAUGGCAACAAGGUUCAUCCACUGUCGUCGCACCUGCUGCAAUCAGUUUUUCUUGAAAAUUCUUUGA